GGAGUUAAUACAACUGGGUGCAAACUGGAUGUCCGAGCAGCGAGAAGAUCCUGAGCCUGAUUACGAGAAAAACUUUACCAUUUUCUUCGAUUCUUCUGAACAGGAUGUGUCAUGCGCUAAAAUCUUCUGGAAUUCGGCAAUUCUACACCCUACUCUGGAGUCGCGGCUGGUUUCGGGAGACAUUCGGCAAAGGUUGAAAGUGGCAGAUGGAAUUCAGCCAAAUAGUUAUGCAGCCUGUGAAUCUCUUGCUGUUGAUCUCAAAAAUGAAGAGUUUAUGAGGAAUGUAUUUCUGAAGCAGAAGAUCGAUGAAAGGUUGAUGUACAUGGAGAAGGCAAAGAAAAGGGAAGAGAUCCUAGCUCUACUGAAGAAACAGAGAGAAGAGAGGAUCAAGAAGGAGAUGAUUUCAAGACCAUAUCAAAAGAAGAAAAAGACAGAAGGAGAAAGGUCAUUGGUGGAAGAUGACUCUAAGGGGAUUCAAGAGGCGAUACGGGCCGUCGCUGCACUGGACUAGCAGGAGAAGUGAAACGGGCAUCAGUGACUGAAUCCAUGGUUAUGUCACCAAAAUAUGUGUUAUUUAAAACAUUUUUAAAAUGAAAUUUAGAAUUGUUGUAUAAAUGUACGUAUGUCGGAG